AUGUGGACUGGCAGUGGCCGAACGACCACCACAGAAAGGUCAUUGACGUUGUAUGUGACCAACAUCCCGGAGAGCACGACAGCGGCCGAUGUUUCAGAGCUGUUCUCCAAAGAUGAGGGCUUUUGUGGCCUUCGGGCAGUUGGAGGUUCCCGCAAAAUGGUCUUCGUGGAUUUUGGGUCAGAGACACAUGCCACACAGUCCAUGAGGCGCCAUCAAGGCCACUGCUUUGACGGCAGUGGAGAGGGGCUAAUGAUAGAUUUUGACCAUGACAAGCGCACGAAGCGGAGCAGGGCUAUAGAGAAACCGUGGAACUCCGCAGCUUUCAACAAUGCAGCGACCAGGUCAACAUGUCCCGCUGGGUGGGGACGAGGCAAAAGAAGUGGACAAGGCAAAGGCGGCCAAGGUGGUCGUGGACGCCGGCGCUUGCCAAGCAGGGAACGAGAGGCGGCAAUGUUCCGACGAGAACACGCAGAGCGAAGACUUCUCGACUGCUGCGUUGCCGAGCAGCCACCAGCAAAGACUGUCAGGCGUCCGCCAUCGUUUGUAACCGUGCGUAAGGUGAACCGCCAGGACACAGAGGCACAGAAUGCUGAGGCCGGUGAGGCUAGAGAUCACGCCGCACUUGUGGCAUACGACUCAAGCGAGAGCAGCAACGACGAAAUGUGUGAGCCCUCUUGCCGAAUGUCAGCGGAAGCAGGCACUGUCGAAGGCGACUGCGGCGAAAAACAUUGCGUGGUGCUUCUCGAGCUUCCUUUUUCCACUUUGCCCUCGGGUUGA